AUGCCUACCUGCAUUUAUUCUGUUUUUCUUUCCAUUUCUCCUCCAAUCUGCAUUAAUUGCCUUUUUCAUUCCAUCUCUCCUUCUAUCUGCAUUCAUUGCAUUUUUCUUUCUAUCUCUCUUCCUAUCAGAAUUCAUUCUGUUUUUAUUUGCCUCUCUCUUACUAUGUACAUUCAUUUUGUUUUUCUUUCUAUCUCUCCUAUCUGCAUUUCUUCUCUUUUUCUUUCCAACUUUCCUCCUAUCUGCUUUCACUCUGUUUUCUUUCAAUCUUUUGCCUUGUCUGCAUUUAAAUUUCCUUUAAACAUAUACAUUCUGUUUUUCUUUCCCUCUCUCCUCAUAUGUACAUGCAUUCUGUUUUUCUUUCCAUCUCUCCUCCGACCUACGUUCAUUGUUUUUCUUUCCAUCUCUCCUCCUAUCAGCAGUCAUUCUAUUUUUCUUUCCCACUCUUCCUGUAUCUGCAUAUAUUCUGUUUUUCUUUCCAUCUCUCUAGCUGCAUUCAUUCUGUUUUUCCUUCCAACUCUCUUCCUACAUGCAUUUAUUAUAUUUUACUUUCCAUCUCUCUUCCUACCUGCAUUCAUUCUGGUUUUCCAUCUCUCUUCUAUCUACAUUAAUUCUGUUUUUCGUUCCAUCUCUCCUCCUAUCUGCAUUCAUUCUGUUUUUCUUUCCAUCUCUCUUUCUAUCUGCUUUCAUUCUGUUUUUCUUUCCAUCUCUCUUUCUAUCUGCUUUCAUUCUGUUUUUCUUUCCAUCUCUCUUUCUAUCUGCUUUCAUUCUGUUUUUUUUCCAUCUCUCUUUCUAUCUGCUUUCAUUCUGUUUUUUUUCUUUCCAUCUCUCUUUCUAUCUGCUUUCAUUCUGUUUUUCUUUCCAUCUCUCUUUCUAUCUGCUUUCAUUCUGUUUUUCUUUCCAUCUCUCUUUCUAUCUGCUUUCAUUCUGUUUUUCUUUCCAUCUCUCUUUCUAUCUGCUUUCAUUCUGUUUUUCUUUCCAUCUCUCUUUCUAUCUGCAUUCAUUCAGUUUUUUUUCCUUCUCUCCUUCUAUCUGCAUUCAUUCUUUUUUUCUUUCCAUCUCUUCUAUCUGCAUUCAUUGUUUUUCUUUCCAUUUCCCCUCCUACCUGCAUUCAUUCUGUUUUUCUUUCCAUUUCUCCUCCUCUCUGCAUUCAUUUUGUUUUUCUUUCCAUCUCUCUGCUUAUCUGAAUUCAUUUUGUUUUUCUUUCCCUCUCUUCUAUCUGCAUUCCUUCUUUUUUUCUUUCCUUCUCACAUCCUGUGCGCCUUCACUCUUUUUUCUUUCUAUCUUUUCUCCCUUCUGCAUUUAAAUUUCCUUUCAACUUAUUCAAUAUCUUUUGACUUGCUUCUUUAUUUCAAAUUUCUUAAAUUUUUGGGUGAUAAGUUAAAAAUUGCAGCCCAAUUCAAUGCAAGUGGACUUAUUUUGUAUACUGAUCCAGCUGAUUUUAAUAUUAAUGGCUUUAAUGAUACAUAUCCUCACUCAUGGUGGUUGCCACCUGAAGGAGUCCAGCGGGGCACAGUUGGUGCAGAUGGUGAUUACCUCACGCCACUCUAUCCAGCCACAGAUUAUGCAUAUCGACUGUCAUUAGAAGAUAUAAAAACUAAAAUGCCAUCUAUUCCAUGUCAACCCAUUGGCUAUGGAGAUGCAAUGGUCCUGUUAAGUAAUUUAACUGGGGAUGAGGCUCCGGCUGAGUGGCAGGGAAAGUUACCAAUCAAAUAUCGAAUUGGUCCAGGAUUUUUAAAUAAAGAUUGGCGUGUCAAACUCACAGUAAACAACUAUGAAAAAAUGGUCACUACUUGGAAUGUAAUUGGUUACAUUCAAGGCAGUGAAGAACCAGACAGGUUUGUUAUGAUGGGUAACCAUCAUGACUCUUGGACAUAUAGUGCCACAGAUCCUUUAUCGGGGACUGCCUCACUCACAGAAAUCACUCGUGUUAUGGGAAACAUGGUUAAGGAAGGUUGGCAACCAAAACGAACCAUUGUAUUUUGUUCAUGGGGUGGAGAAGAACAAGGUUUAAUAGGCUCUACAGAAUGGGUUGAGGAGCAUAUGAAAGUGUUAUUUAAUCGAGGUGUAGCUUAUCUAAAUAUGGAUUAUGCAGUUGAUUACACAUAUAAACUUGAUGUUUACACCAGUCCAUUAUUAGAAGAUGCUAUGUAUAAAGCUGCAAAACAGAUACCCAAUCCUGAUCCUCUCAGUAGUCAGAAAACAUUAUAUGAUAUUUGGAAGCUGCGAACAACAGGUUCUGAUGAAAAUUCUGACUCCACUCCAGAAAUUAGCUAUUCACUUGGUUCAGGCAGUGAUAUGGCCACUUUCUACCAGCGUGCUGGAGUACCAAGCAUGGACUUUUACUACACAUAUGAUACAAAAAAAUGGCCAAUUUUAUCAUAUCCAACUUACCACACUGCCUAUGAAACAUUCCACAUGUACAGCACAUUUAUUGAUCCAAGCUUCAACUACACAUUAGCCAUAACACAACUCUGGGCUAUAUUGACAUAUGAUCUUGCUACAGCUGAUAUCCUGCCAUUUGAUCUUCGUAGAUAUUCAAAUAUCAUUGCUGUAUAUGUCUACUCACUGAAAUCUGAUUAUGAACAUUCUUGGAAAAAUCAUUCAGUCAACUAUGAAUCACUGAUAAAUGCCUCUAUAGCAUUUGUACAUGCUACAGAACAUUUUCAUAAUCAAUACAUGCCAAGUAUAAAUAUAGCUAAUUCCUUGGCAGUGCGGAGACUCAAUGAUAAAAUGAUAGGACUGGAAAGAGCAUUCAUUGAUCCUGAAGGAAUUCCUGGAAAGCCAAUGUACAAACAUAUUGUGUAUGCUCCCAAUGAAUAUGACUCCUACUCAGACGCCUUCUUUCCAGGCAUUCGUGAAGCAAUGUGGAAGAUAGAAAAUGAAAAUGCUGACCUCUGGGAUCUGGUAAAGCAACAAGUAUCAGUUGCAACCUAUACAGUGAUGAGUGCUGCACAAUCACUGGAUGAGAUUGGACUAGAUUUCAACAAACACUGA